AGCCUCUCAGUGUAGUUGCGCUACAAGGCUGCCGCGCGCGCGCUCCUUUGCAUAACCGCGCGAUCGAAAAAAAAACAAAAAGCGCGGCGCGAAAUGAAAAAUAUUCGCAUGACUUUUUGAAUUAUAAUAUUUUUCAUAAAUUUGCUAUUUGCCUGCCAGAGUGUUAAUUUGAAGUUUUAUUUUUAAAUAGUGUUUGAAAAAGUUUCUAUGAAAAUGGCGUUUUUCUUCAGCAACAGUUUUUCCAGUGUUCUCCUGUUGUCCUUAGUUUUGGUUGCUAGUGCGCAAAGAUCGCCCCACAACCUGCAUAAUAAGGAAAUUGGGCACGGCGAGCUGGCGCGACAGAACAACAUCACCAGACAGAUCCUUGAGGCGUACCUGCAGAAGAAGCUGGGGCUCGGCCAGGCCCCGAGAGCCCCCAGCAUUAUGGAGAUCCUCCCGGUGAUGGGUCACCGUGACCUGGACAACAGCAGUGAGGAGGAGGUUCCCGAGUUGUUCCCUGAAGACGAUGGGCUCCAGAGCGUGGAGACUGAGCAGCUCGAGUCUAUUUAUGAUGAUGAUGGCACACGUAAAAAAAAAUAUGCCAGCUCAACAUACGAGAACGAAUUGGACUCACUAAACUACAAUCAGUGCUCGAGCUGCGGCUCCGACGACGAGCUCGGAGUCACGCGCUGGACCAUGCCGCUGCUGAAGACAGGGGAGAAGAGAUACUACCUGGGGAUCUUCUUUAAGGCGAACUGGUUCAAGGCGCAGCAGUACUGCCGGUUCCACGGCAUGCACCUCGCCUCCGUGUCCUCGCAGGAAGAGAACGACAAGCUGGAGAAGUACGUCAAGGACUCCGGUUACGGCCGCGAACACUUCUGGACAUCCGGGACAGAUCUGGCCGAGGAAGGAAACUUCUUCUGGAUGGCCAACGGCAGACCCCUCACCUUCGUCAACUGGAACGCGGGGGAACCCAACAACUUCAGAUACGAGAACGGAGAAGAAGAGAACUGCUUGGAACUGUGGAACCGAGAUGAUAAAGGCCUAAAAUGGAACGACUCUCCGUGUUCUUUCGAAACAUUCUUCAUCUGUGAAGUUAGGUCCGAUUGAUGGCGUGUGAUUGGUCGGUUUAAAGUGUGAUAUUGUUGCGUGUGCGCUGCAUUUGAUUUUUAUAGUUAAAAUGCGAUUCUCCUAUUCAUAAAUAGUUACAUUACUUUGGGAUGUUCGACAGUUUUUUUUUCUGUCAAGGUGUAUGAUGUGCUGUAAUGUAUUUAUGAAUUGGUGUUUUUUUUAGGUAAUUGUUUACAGUUAGGUAUUAAAACAUAACAACAAAAGAGAUUGUGAGGUCAGUAAGUAAACUAGGGCGACAUAUCUGUUAUUUAUUUUAUACACGCUAGGUGUACUUACUUUUAGCAAUGGAGUGUAAUGUAGGACACUGUAAAGACAAAAAAAAAAUACUCAUUUUACUAUUUCUUUAAACAAACAUCACUGCCAGAUCAUUUUUUAUUUUUCGCUAUUAUUAAAAACAAUAAACCUCGUUUUUUGGCGCUUAUUAUGCGUCUUUAGUCAAAUAAACUAUAGUUACCUUGGGGGUACAUGUAAAAAGUAUGGUAAGAACUGAUAAUAAAUAGUUUUUAAGAUUA